AUGGCAGGUAAAAAAGGUGACUCAAAGUCAGCGGCAAAAAAAGGAGGCAAAGCAGAGCCAGAAAAAAGCAAAGGCAAAGAAGAAGAAAAAAAAGGGAAAGAUGACAAAAAGGGAGCAAAGGACGACAAAAAAGGAGGGAAGGACGACAAGAGAAAGGGAAAAGAAGAACCCAAAGGCAAGGGAAAAGAUGACGGAAAGAAAGGAAAAGACAAAGGAAAGGGGGCAAAAGUGGUCAGCGAGUCAGAGGAGGGAUCCGACGAUGAGCCGAUUGAGGACGAGGAUGAGUUAAGCGAUGAUGAAGAAAGGGAUGGAGAUUCUGAUGAGGACACGCGCAAGCCUGGAAAGGGGGGCGCCAAAGGCAAAGCGGCGAAGGGAAAGUCCAAAUCUAAACAUGCUGUGUCAGAUGAGGAGGAGGACGAAGAGGACGAAGAGGAUAAAGAAAUUGAUGAGAGUGAAGACGAUAGAAAAAAAAAGAAAUCGAAAGAUGCCCAAAAAUCCAAAUCUAAACCCGAGGCAGAAGGAACGAAGAAAAAAGCAAAAAAGAAGGAUGAGGUUCCACCUGAGAUGGCACCAGAACCUUCAAAGAAACUGUUUGGUUUCCCUGGAAUUGGGAAGAGCUCAAAGAAGCGAUUGAAAAGCACUUCUAGACUGUUUCUUGGACUCGGAAAGCAAAAGAGUUUUAUGGUCAGGAAAAAGAGAAGGAAAUCUGUUUUAAAGAACGCCCCAAGGCUUCUGAUGCGCUUCAAAGCCAGUAAGAAAAAGAAAAAAGAGAAGGAACAAAACGAGCAAUUGGGACGCAAGCCAUCCUACAUGCUGCUUAGAAUCGGUGGCAACAAACCAGCUGAGAAGAAAUCAGGAUUUUUCAAAGGACUUUUUGGAAAAAAGAAUGCAGAUGAUGGGUCCAAUUUUAAAAACCACGGUCUGAUUUUGGGGAAAGUAGCUGGAGCAACAAACUGGCUAACUAAGAAGUUUCUCUCAACAAAAUUAAAACGGAGGCCAUUCGACCGAAACCGUGGUCGCUGGGGACAAUCAAGCGGCAAACGCUUUCCUGAAGGAAGUCGACAAACGAGCAUGCGAGGACCUCAUGGGCAUCACAACUAUGCAUAUGAAGAGGAUUUUGAUGAAUACGAUUAUAAUAACCAGGGUAGAAUGAGAACUGGUGCAUUUCACAGACAGUCCAUGCAGAGAAACCCAAACUGGUAUGAAGAUCCAGCUGACUACUAUGAAGAACAUUCACAGGGCUAUUAUGGAAUUGAUGAUGAAUAUUACAACCCUCACAUAAACUUUCAGGAUGGAGGAGAGUAUUAUGACGAUGGUAUGGGUUACUAUAACACAAAUCACACGGACUACUACCCAGAGGAGAUGGAUUACUAUGGCCAGCAGCAUUUGAUGGAUCCAUAUUACACUGACAGUAUGGAAUACUACGAUGAGAAUCAGUACCUAAUGGAGGAUUACUAUGAACCGUAUGGAGAUGAAGGCGAGUUUUAUGACCAGGGUCAAUUUGAUUACUAUGAUGAACCCUUAGAAUUCUAUGACAAUCCAUAUGGUGAUGUUGGAGUGGCUGAUCAAUACAUGACAUCAUAUGGAGCUUACGAAGACCCUUAUCUCCAGGAACAUCAGUUUAAUUACACAGAAUCAGGGUUAACCCCAUAUCUCGAUUCUUCCUACAACAUGUACCAGCCAUAUACUUAUACAAUGCAUGAUGUAAUGGAGGGUGAUGAGUUUAAUGAUGUAACUGUAGAGCCAAUGCAUUUUCAAAGCUACCCCCAGAGCCCUGUUCUGUCAGAUGCACUGCAUAAUCCUCAAGUCCGUGGUGCAACCUACAAUCUGCCAGGUGGUGCAAUGAUGCAUAGCAAUCAAAUGGCGGCUCCAUCGACCUCUCCGAUGCUCACUAAUGCUUUACAAAAUCAACAGGUUAGGAAAGCUUCAUACAGACUUUCAGAUGGAACCAUAAUAAGUGUUGAGCCCCAACAACAACAUCAACCCUUUUCUCCAAACAUCUCAAAUGCCUUAGGUAAUACAAACCUGAAAUAUGCCUCUUAUAGACUUCCAGAUGGAACUUUAAUCACGACCGACUCUAUACAACAACAGCAACAACAAGCCUCUUCUCCUAAUCUAUCCAGUGUAUUGCAGAAUCCAAACAUGAAAAAUGCUUCUUACAGACUUCCAGACAAUUCAGUUCUUACAAACUACCAGCAGAAUCCAGUAUCUCCAAAUCUGUCACGUGCACUUCGAAAUAAUAGCAUUCGAAAUGCAUCCUAUAGACUACCGGAUGGAACAGUUAUUUUUACAGAGCAACAAGUGGAACCAACAUCUCCAGCUCUGUCAAAUGCACUUCAGAACCCAAUUAUCCGAAAUGCAUCCUAUAGAUUAGGUGAUGGCACCAUUAUUCUUCCUGAUUAUGGGCAAUCAAAAUCUACUUCUCCAAAUUUGUCAAAUGCGCUUCAAAACACGCAGAUGCGCAAUGCUCGUUAUAGGUUGCCAGAUGGGUCUAUUAUAACCACCCAGCUUAAUACACCUUCCCCUAAUUUGACAAGUGCUUUGCAGAAUCAAAACAUGCGCCAUGCUACCUAUAGGCUACCUGAUGGUAAUAUACUGAGUGCUAAUCCAGUUCACACACCAAAUUUGUCCAGUGCCCUCAGAAAUAUAGAUAUCAAAAAGGCUUCUUUUAGGCUUCCAGAUGAAUCAAUUUUUUUAAGUGCAAAACCAAACAGUCCAAACCUGGCAGAGGCCUUAAAAAAUCAAAACCUUCGCAAAGCUUCAUACCGACUACCAGAGGACUCUAUUUUAUUAGCAGAUUCUCAUACAACUGAUCCAAAACUCUCACAAGCACUUUUAAACCAAAAUCUCCGAAAUGCUAUUUACCGUUUGCCUAAUGAAUCCGUUCUCAGGCAAGGCUUUGUCGUUUCAUCGUCACCACAACUGAAGAAUGUUCUGAAAAACACUGGUAUGAAGAAUGCUUCCUAUCAGCUGCCGUCAGCACUAUCUACAGUAACAGCAUCUGGAUUGAUCAUUGGGCCCGAUGGCAGAUAUGCAAUUGUGGCUCCGCAAAGAAUAGGUCCUGAAGAACACUGGGCUAUGUAUUCCAGAGAAGCACAAAGUGCAGAAGAUGUGUGGGCUGCAGAGAGGGUUUUACCACACGGAACUGUACAGAAUCUUUCUAAAUGGUCUAUGUAUCGUGAUGAAAACAUGGCUGACCACCUUUCUCCACCACCCACUGCUGCUGAGUCCAAGGAAAAUGAGGUGCAAUGGGUACCAAAUCGGGAGGGGGAACCCACUGGCCAGUGGUAUGAUAAGAUGUAUUCUAUAAGAAGCCUCCCUACCAUGAGUUACAGGGAGAAACGAGAAGCUGAUGGACUUGAGGACAUAACACAGUUGGAGGAAUUAACAGAAGCAGCGGUUUUAAUAAACCUGAACACUCGUUUUCAGAGGGAGCUCAUCUACACUUACAUCGGCUCUAUUCUGCUAUCCAUGAAUCCGUACAAGUUACUGAACAUCUAUGGAACAGACACGGUCCUGCAGUAUAACGGUCAUGGUUUAGGAGAAAACCCACCUCACCUCUUUGCAAUUUCAAACCUUGCCUACACAACCAUGAUGGAUGUCAAGCAGAACCAGUGCAUUGUCAUCAGUGGGGAGAGUGGAUCAGGAAAAACUGAAGCCACCAAACUGGUCCUGAGAUACCUCACUGCCAUACACCAUGAGAGGAAUGUAACACAACAGAUUGAGAUCCUGGAAGCAACUCCUCUGCUGGAAUCUUUUGGGAAUGCCAAAACCGUGCGGAACGAUAACUCCAGUCGCUUUGGGAAGUUUGUUGAGAUCUUUCUAGAGGAAGGAGUGAUCAGCGGUGCCAUAACUUCACAGUAUCUCCUGGAGAAGUCCAGAAUUGUUUUUCAGGCAAAAAACGAGAGGAACUACCACAUUUUUUAUGAGAUGUUGUCCGGACUUCCUGUUCACCAGAAACGAGUCUUCUACCUGCAAGAGGCCGAUACCUACUACUACCUGAACCAAGGUGGUGACUGUGUGAUCGAGGGGAAGGACGAUGGCGAGGACUUCAGGCGGCUACAGAGUGCCAUGGACAUUCUCCACUUCAGCCCUGAAGACCAGAGCAGUGUGUUCAGAAUUCUUUCUUCGAUCCUUCACCUGGGCAAUGUCUUCUUUCACAGACUCGAGACUGACGUGCAAGAAACGGUCGGCGUUGUGAGCUCUCAGGAGAUCCGCAUGGUCGCCGAACUGCUUCAGAUCUCUCCAGAAGGACUUCAGAAAGCCAUCACAUACAAAGUCAUGGAAGCAAUGAAGGAGAAGAUCUACACUCCCCUGACUGUAGAGAGUGCCGUGGAUGCCAGAGAUGCUGUUGCCAAGAUUCUUUAUUCCCUGCUCUUUCAUUGGCUAACGACACGGAUCAAUGGGCGUGUUUACCCAAAAAACGAGGCUCUCUCCAUAUCUAUCCUGGAUAUCUAUGGUUUUGAGGUGGAUGUAUAUUUGCAGGAGGAGUACAUGCGAGAGCAAAUCAGCUGGAAGGAGAUUUCCUUCACCGACAACAAGGCAUGUAUAGACCUUAUUGCCGCAAAGCCUCAUGGGAUACUCCGCAUUCUCGAUGACCAGAGCUGCUUUCCUCAGGCCACGGACCACACAUUCCUUCAGAAGUGCCACUAUCAUCAUGGAGAAAAUCCACAUUACUCCAGGCCAAAAAUGCCACUGCCAGAGUUCACCGUGAAGCACUAUGCAGGACGAGUGACCUAUCAGGUACAAAAGUUCCUGGAUAAGAAUUAUGAUCAGGUCCGACAGGAGGUGCUGGAGCUGUUUAUGCAGAGUCACAACCGGAUGGUUUCAAAUCUUUUUCUAAAGUACAGCGAAAUGCUAAAUCAGCAGAAAAAGGGACCACUGAGAGACAGCACGGUGACACGGCGAUAUCAGCCCUCAACUGUAGCUGCCAAGUUUCAGCAUUCUCUACAGGAGCUUCUGGACAAGAUGGAGAGGUGUAACCCGUUAUUCGUGCGCUGCAUAAAGCCAAAUGCUAACAAGGAACCGGGAAUAUUUGAGCCAGAACUGGUAGCCACCCAGCUCCGAUACUCCGGAAUUAUGGACGCCAUCCUGAUUCGAAAAGAAGGCUAUCCGGUCCGGAUGACGUUCCAUAAAUUCCUAAACAGGUAUAAAGUGCUGCUGGGGCUGAAGACGACCCCACCUCCAGAUGGAGACAACUGCAUCAUCAUGCUAACCAAGUUGUGUCCGGUCAAAAAGGGCGAUUGCCAAGUGGGCGUGUCCAAGCUGUUCCUAAAGGAAGAGGUGUAUCAGCUGUUAGAAAGUAAACGGGAUCGCGUGAGGCACCUGGCAGCGCUGACGCUUCAGAGAUACGUACGGAUGUAUUUAGCGCGGAAAAGCUUUGUCAAGUUCCGCGCUCGCAUGACCAAACUGCAGGCCCGGUGCCGAGGGUUCCUCGUGAGGCGAUGGUUCCUGCACAAGCGUAUGGUCCUGAUCAUGUUUCGCUCGCCGGUUCAGCUCAUCGUCAACCGCAAACGCUACAUCAGGGAUAAUCUUCUUAUGGCCAGGAUGGCAGAAGAGGCUCGAGUGAGCCGAGAGGUGAUUGACGUGUCCCAUUUGGUCAUUCCUGCCGAUCUGGGAGAGCUUCUGCAGGCCACAGCAGAUGGUAAAGAGGUGCAUUCCGAGUGUUUGGCUCUGGCUGAAGCGCUCAGAGUGCAGGUUUCUCCUCAACUCACACUCCCUCUGGAUAUCAAUAACUAUCUAAUGACCAAAUACAUCCGUUCCAACUUCAGGGAGCUGCAGUUUGGAAUGCUUACCGCACCUCUCCAGGCUCCUCUUACUCGUCUGAACGACGAUCUAAAACAGGAUGCUCUCGACAUUUUCCUACUGAUUUUGCGCUUCAUGGGAGACCCGGACUUGAACGGCGCUCAGGAGAACCUGUUCGGAAAUUACAUCCUCCAGAGGGGUUUGGCUACUCCACCAAUCAGGGAUGAGAUUUUAGCUCAGGUGGCCAAUCAGGUGUGGAGGAACGAACACCUGCGCAACGCUGAGAGAGGAUGGAUGCUGAUGGCUGCCUGUCUGAGUUCCUUCACCCCGAGUGACAAAAUGGCCAAAUAUCUGCUGAAGUUCGUAUCUGAUUACGCGCCGGACGGAUUUAAAGCGGUGUGCCAGCACAAGCUGCUCCACGCCAUGCAGAAAUGCCAGUCGGGGUACGAGGCGGCGAGGACGUACCCUCUGUCUCUCCUCGAGUGGACUGUCAUCCGCAAAAAAGCCCACAUGGCCCUGCAGGUGCACUGCCUCGACGGAACGUCUUUGCUGUGUCCGGUUCACUCCUGGACAAGUGGAGAAGAUCUGGCACGUGUCGUUUUGCUGCACAGGGGCGUGUCCUCUGAGAGCUGCUGUGGCUGGUCGGUGCUGAUGAAGGAGGUGGGGCAGUGGGUGGAGCUUGAAGGCCAUGAUCUGGUGAUGGAUCUGGUGUGUGAUCUCGAGCUGCCUUCAGACUUCCCCAAAGAGAAAAGCUACUUCAUCAUCUCCACACUCGAUCCCACUAGAGUGCGCCACAAUGCCAGCAUAAGUUUAUUUGGCAGCGGAUUUGACGGAGAAGCUGAAACACUGAUGUCCAGCAGGCUUCCUAUCUCUGAUGAUCACUACAGUCAGGGAUCCUAUGACAGAGCUCACAAGGGAAUUGACCACUAUGUGGACAGCCUGUUUGAUCCUGUACUGUCUGAUGGAACUGGGGAUAUGGAUAUGUCUGCUCUUUCAGGAAGAAUAAAAGGAGGUGGAGGUGUUGGUGCAGGUCACGGUGAUGACGUUCCAUCCACAGUCAGGGUUCCUUUCUCUGCUGCUCUGCAACCAGGAGCUGUGCGAGUGCUGCCUGCUGUUCCAGUUGUGCCCAGUGUUCCGGCUCAAGAUCCUCAUCAGCAGCAAGCGCUCAUCAACCAGCAGGCCGUGAUGAUGGCCCAGCAGAUGACGAUGCAGGCCAUGGCCAUGGUGACAAGCCCCAUCUCCAGCCCUCCCACCAGUCCUCCUCCUUCCCCCUACAUCCCCUACGCCCCCCUCCCCUUCAGCCCGUACUCCGCACUGCCCCCGAGUCCGUACGCCAACUUUCCCCCCAGCCCCUACGCUCCACACUUCAUCCCUUCAUCCUUCACCUACAGCUCAGGCAUGACCUCCAACACCGGCUCCAACCAUCAGCAGCUACAGACCACACAGACAUCCGGAAACGUGACAGAACAGAGUAAAGACCUGAGCGAAGGUUCUGAGAAGAAACAAAAUCCUGCUCCAGUAAAAGUGCUAAUUGACAGAAAGCCGGCCAGGAAGCACGCUCCAGUAGCGGUCUUGGGUCCGAUGCGAUCCGCUCGAGCCCCCGAUAGUGAAGUGGUGAAAUAUUCCGUGUCUAACUCGGAGCACAUCGUCCCCAGUCACAACAUAAAGGACAUCAUUAAACAAUACCAAACUCCCCCCGAGCCGCCGCAGCCGGAGACCAGGAGGAGAGAAGGCAAAGUUUUUGCGAAAAGAAUGAACCCGCAUGAUGAGGCAUUGAACAUUUUGAAGACACAGAUGGACAUUCCGCCUCCACCACAGGUAAUAGCUCGUCCAAGUGCUCCAUCUUCUGUAACUGGACCCAGACAAACUGGUCUGAAACCAUCACAGAGCACUAAAAAGCGAGCACCAGAACCACCAUUGAAAAUACCACCAGUGUCCAGAGAUGUGCCUGUAGAAACAGAAACCAUUCAAACCUCACUUCACUUCAGCAGCGUAGACGAAUACUACACCUACACUAACGUCCCGUGGAAGAUCUACCUCAGGAAAGAGGUGUUUUACCCCAAGGACAGCUGGAACCAUCCGCUUGUGUUGGACCUGAUAUUCAAACAGGUAGUGAAUGACAUGUUCUCAGAGGCUUGUGUGCGCAUCACCACAGAGGAGAGGCUGAAGAUGAAGGCCUUGUUUACGCAACACAAGAUCGAGCACCACGCAAACGUUCAGGAUGAAGGCGUGAAGAAGGCCGUGGUCUUGGCAGCCCGAGAGUCUUGGGGAAUUUAUUUUUCACGGCUUUUCCCUGCAUCGGGCAGUGUGGGUACAGGAGUCCAGGUGUUGGGUGUGUCUCACUCUGGGAUCACACUUCUGAAAACGGUUCACAGCAGCACCAAAGUUCAGGAUUACUUCAAAGUUCUCAGAACAUACAGAUACACCGACAUCCUGUUCGUCACCAUCCCGUCCCUGAACAUGCUGGAGUUUAAUCUCACGAGCGAAAAGCUGAUCCUGUUCUCUCCUAAAGCGCCGCAGAUCAAGCACAUGGUGGAUCUCUUCAUCUCCCAGCUGAAGGAGGACUCGGAGUAUGCUGUAGCUGAGAGGAACUUUGUGACUGAGGAGUUUGCCCUGCUCAGCUUCCACAAAGGAGACAUCAUCCGCUUACACCCCAAGGAUGGCCUACAGGAGGGCCAGUUGUAUGGAUGUGUAGUGAAGAAAAAGGUCAUCUACCUGGAGGACAUAAACAGAGACACGACAGAUUUCGGAUGGAGGUUCGAGCCAGUGUUGAGUCGCAGCGGCGUUUUUCCUGCAGACUGCGUCAUUCCAGUUUCGGCUCCAAAUUUUCUGCUCUUGGACAAGCUAGGAAACAUGACAACCAGGAACAUCCAGGACCAUUUGGGGGAUUUGGACCCUGAAACGAGUAGCAGUGUGUUUUUGGAUGGUCAGUACACCAUGGUGGAAUUUGCCCGGAAAUACUUUAGGAAGGGGGGAGGAGGCAAAAGGUUUGUACGCAAGUAUAAAUCCAAGAAAGACCACGGUGGCAGAGAUCCUGCAGAGAUGAUCAAAUUCAGCAAGAACCCCAUCCAGGAGUCACUGAUCGAGUUCACCGAGGCCAACAUGAACCGCGUCGCCACGGAAACGUUCCUGGCCAUAAUGAAGUUCAUGGGUGAUCAUCCACUCCGAGGCCAAUCUGAACAUUUUGUCCUCUGCACCUUCUUAAAGUUGGUUGGCGAGAACGGACUGAUGCGAGACGAAGCGUACUGUCAAGUGCUCAAACAGAUCACCGCCAACUCCAGUUCUAAACCAGAGAGCAGUCUAAGAGGCUGGCGUCUAUUCUACAUUCUCACAGCAUAUUACUCGUGCUCGGACAUCCUCCGUCCCUUCCUGCUGAAAUUCUUGCAGGAUGCAUGCACAAACUCGGGGUCUCAGUUCCAGGGCAUCGCUAAAGCCUGCGAGCAGAACCUGAUGAAGACGACGCAGUGUGGUGGGAGGAGGGUGUGUCCCAGCAGCAUGGAGCUCAAAGCCAUCGUGGCUGGUCGCAGUUCCAAAAGGCAGUGCUUCCUGUUUCCUGGAGGAAUCGAGCGACAUCUAAAGGUUAAAACCUGCACUGUGGCUUUAGACGUCAUUGAGGAGUUGUGUUACGAGUUGGCUUUGCAAAGACUGGAGGCCAUGAACGAGUACACCAUCUUCCUCGUAACACACAGAGGUCAGAACGUGAGGCCGCUGAACAAACGGGAAUACGUGUUGGACGUCAGCACCGAGGCGGAGACCGUAGACAGCAACUACAGCUUCUGGUUCAGACGCGUGAUCUGGUCUCAGGCGCUCAAGUUCGACAACGAGCUCAGCGUCAGCGUGCACUACAACCAGGUUCUCCCUGACUAUCUGAAGGGAUUACUGAUUGUGCUUCCUCCUGAAAAAGUCAGCGACCAGCAGCUUCAUCAGAUCGCUAAACUGGCGGCGUUGCAGCACAGAGCAAAGGACGUCGUCACGGCACCGAACGUUCAUGAGCUGGCAGAAUAUGUUCCAGCGCAGUUGUUUAUAAGACAGGGACCACAGCAGUGGAUGCACCUACUUACACAACACACACACGCAGUCAAGAGCCUCAGCCCUCAUCAGGCCAGAUCACAGUUCCUGGGAUUGGUGUGUGCAUUCCCCAUGUUCGGCUCGUCCUUCUUCUACAUCCUGAGCAGUAACGACAGCACAGUCUCCACCCCCUGCAUCCUGGCUGUCAAUCAAAACGGCCUCCACUUCCUGCACAGAGAUUCUCAUGACGUGUUGGUGAAGUUCCCUCUAAAGCUGGUCCAGUCGGCGUACACGCAGCGGCCCAGCGCCGGGAAGAGUUACCCUUACGUCGACGUUUUACUGGGAGACACGAACAACCACAGAACUACACAGUUACAGCUGGAACAGGGAUUGGAGCUCUGCCGCGUCGUCGCCAUGCACGUCGAGAAUCUGCUGCUGCGGCAGGAAAAACGCCUCACUCUUCCUCCGAGCGAAAUCACACUCCUGUAGCACACUCGAGCAUCUCGCUACAGCGUGCAGGAGAACACCAACGAGAACAUACAACACAAUAAAACUAAAACUCAUCUCGCUACAGCGUGCAGGAGAACACCAACGAGAACAUUCAACACAAUAAAACUAAAACUCAUCUCGCUACAGCGUGCAGGAGAACACCAACGAGAACAUACAACACAAAACUACAACUCAUCUCGCUACAGCGUACAGGAGAACACCAACGAGAACAUACAACACAAUAAAACUAAAACUCAUCUCGCUACAGCGUGCAGGAGAACACCAACGAACAUACAACACAAAACUACAACUCAUCUCGCUACAGCGUACAGGAGAACACCAACGAGAACAUACAACACAAAACUACAACUCAUCUCGCUACAGCGUGCAGGAGAACACCAACGAGAACAUUCAACACAAUAAAACUAAAACUCAUCUCGCUACAGCGUGCAGGAGAACACCAACGACAACAUACAACACAAUAAAAC